AUAAGACAAAUGUCAGUCCACCUCCCAAACUCUAUCCCUGCGGUUGUGGAGCUUCUCGGUGGUUUCUGUGGGAUGGAAUGGGAGGAAUCAUUCAACAUGUUCUUGUCCCCGCCCCUCCCACGCCCGACUCCUCCCACGUACGUCUAUAAGCACUUGGCGGCCCACGGAGUCCCACAUGCCAGCAUGGACUCACCUUCUCCUCCUCAUCCUCCUCCUCUUCCUCUUCCUCGGCCUCGGUGCAGCAGCGGCAUUCGGACACUGGGAAGUGAGGAAGAUGAUGGAGCCAGAUGAUGGUCGGGAGGCGUGACGUGUUUUUCUUUUGUCAGGUGAUGAAGGUUUCCGUGAGUGAAAAGUGUCGAGCCAAAAGGUCACCAUAAAUAUGUAACAAAGUGCAAGUGGGCUGCUUCUCCCACCCUGGACUUCACUUUGGACGCCACAGACCGAACCGGGACCAAAGUUUCUAUUCCUGCCGAACACAAAAUGACUUGUUGGCUCUUCCGACUGGCUCUGCUCUCCGCUUGCGUCCUCUCCGUCCGCUGCACGCCAGCGCCAAGCGCCGGUACCGGUACCGGUACCGGUACCGAGGGGGAGGCGCGCUGCGCGUCGUGCGGCGUCGCUCGAGCGGAGGACGCGGAGUCCGGCCGCCCGGACGUGGACUUUGUGGAGGCGGUCAAGAGGCACAUCCUGAGCAGGCUGCAGAUGCGGGAGCGGCCCAAUAUCACGCACCCGGUACCGAAAGCCGCCAUGGUGACGGCGCUGCGGAAACUCCACGCCGGGAAGCUCCGGGAGGACGGCAGAGUGGAGAUCCCCAACUUGGACGGACACCCGAUGAGCAACGAGGUCCUGGAGGAGAGCUCGGAGAUCAUCAGCUUUGCAGAAAAAGAUGACCUGGUGACCUCCAAGUCCAGCUUGUUCUUUCUGAUCUCCAGCGAGGGGAACCAGAACCUCUACGUGUCGCAAGCCACCCUCUGGCUCUACUUCAAGCUCCUCCCGCCACCUCUUGAGAUGCGGUCGAAGCGCAAGGUGACGGUGAAGGUGUACUACCAGGAACCGGGCCUGAGCAGCAAGUGGAACCUGGUGGAGAAGCAGGUGGAGCUGAAACGGAGCGGAUGGCACACCUUCAUGCUGACGGACGCCGUGCGGUUAGUGUUUGAACAGGGCGACCGGCGCCAGAACCUGGAUGUGCGCUGCGAGGGUUGCGAGGCGGGCGGCGUCGCGCCCGUGCUCCUCAACCGCAACGACGAGUCGCACCGGCCCUUCUUGGUGGUGCGGGCACGCCAGGUGGAUCCCAAGCAUCGCAUUCGGAAGAGAGGACUGGAAUGCGACGGCAGCAGCAGCCUGUGCUGCCGCCAGCAGUUCUACAUCGACUUCCGACUCAUAGGCUGGAACGACUGGAUCAUUGCACCGUCGGGCUACUUUGGGAACUACUGCGAAGGGAACUGCCCCGCCUACAUGGCGGGCGUCCCCGGGUCGGCGUCGUCAUUCCACACGGCCGUGGUCAACCAGUACCGCAUGAGGGGGAUGAGCCCCGGAUCCAUGAACUCCUGCUGCAUCCCCACCAGACUGAGCACCAUGUCCAUGCUCUACUUCGAUGACGAGUACAACAUCGUCAAGCGGGACGUUCCCAACAUGAUCGUAGAGGAGUGCGGCUGCGCUUGACCCUUUCAGGCGGACGCGGACACUCGGACACACGGAGCUGACCGUGCGACCAUGAGGAGGAGUACCGCCCCCCACCCCGCCCCCCACCGUGCACUUGCAUAUAAGCCUGUACAUAUAUUUAUGUUUGUGGAUGUAUUUGCAUGGUUGUGUGCUGGGUCAGGACCUUUUCGUCCUUCCGAAGUCGCCACCAGCCAAUCACAGAACGGCAAAGUGUCAACUCUCACCCAAAAGCACUUGCAGAUCCAAAUGCCUUCCGUGAGCGCUAGGUGGCGCCUCGCCAAUCAAGUGCCGCAUGAGCUAUGCAAAAUAUUCUAUUUAGCACACAGCAAACACGCCACAAACUAUCAGCAAUACUUGA